UACGAUUAUGGUUAUUUAAUGCAUACUGUAUUUGUUAACAUAACACAACAAAUCUUCCAGUAACAUGUCUUUUGUUUAAAGCGAUGCUUUAUUCUGAAGAGGCUUUCCCGGAAGUACUGCGGACAACAUUUUAACCGGCAGCAGAAUGGCGAAAGUUGGUCGUAAGACGUUAUGUUUUACUCCCAGAAAAAUGUUCUUUUUGUUGGUUUUCACCUCACUCUCAUGCCUACCAUUUUGUUCAUCGGUUGACAGAAAUGACAGACCCAUAAUUGGUGUUUUGGCUCAGGAAGUUUUCUCACCGAAACCAAACCAAUCAGCUUACAUUGCUGCCUCUUAUGUCAAGUUUCUGGAGGCAGCAGGAGCCAGGGUUGUACCUGUCAUGAUUAACCAGACCCUGGAGGAGUACAAGACUCUAUUUAACUCUAUUAAUGGAAUCUUGUACCCAGGCGGAGGCGUCAGCAUCAUCUCAUCUGGUUAUGAAAGGGCAGCAAAAAUCUUCUACGAGCUUGCCAUUGAGGCAAACAAGAGAGGCGACUAUUUUCCUGUUUGGGGCACCUGUCUUGGAUUUGAGCAGUUGACGUAUUUGACGAGUGGGAAGUUUUCACUGUCGCACACCAAUACGAGCGGCGUGGCCCUGCCUCUGAACUUCACUGAAGACAUGAAGGACAGCAGGAUGUUUAAAGGUUUUCCUUCUGAAGUCAUGGCUGCCCUAGCUUCAGAGCCUAUAACAGAAAAUUCCCACCAGUGGAGUUUGGCAACGUCAACUUACAACACAAAUGAGAAGCUGAGGACGUUUUACAAAGUCCUCUCCACAAAUACAGAUGGAAACGUAGAGUUUGUAUCAACAGUGGAAGCCUAUACUUAUCCAAUUUAUGGGACUCAGUGGCAUCCAGAGAAAAAUGCAUUUGAAUGGACGAAGCCGUAUAUUCCUCAUUCACCAUCAGCAGUCAAAACAACCUUCUAUAUGGCUGAAUUCUUCGUCAAUGAAGCGAGGAAAAGCUUUCACAGAUUUGAAUCUCAGGAGGAGGAGAACAAAGCUCUGAUUUACAACUACAGUCCUGUUUACACCGGAGCCAUGCGUGCCUUUGAGCAAAUAUACUUUUUCUAAUGCCUCUUUGCAAACUACUUUCUAACUACUAAUCAACGACUGAUUAGCUGCUUUAGUUGUGACUUGAGAAUGUUUUUAAAUAAUUUAUUCUUUUUUUAAAAUCUGCUGCUCUCCCAUUUGUUUAAUCUGUAAAUAAUUUUAUUGUGCACUGGAAAUAUAAUUAUACUUCUAACAUAAAUAUAGAUAAAUACUGCUGUGCAGGAUGUAAAAAAAAGUUUAAUCAUGCUUUGUGGAUGCUGUAGCUGGGUUUACAGUUAUGUAUUGAAAAGCUGCUGCAAAUGGCAACAUUUCAAAGCUCCUUUGUCUUAGAAUUAUUUUCUCACUAUGCUGUUCCCAUCCACACAGUGAGCAACUGGAUGGUGGUAAAUGUGGAGGAUUUAGCACUUCAAUAUCAAGAAUGGGUGUGUUGGGAUUUAUUAGAGACCAGAACAAGGGCGAAUGCUGUACAAAUCAGCCUCAAUUUAUGAGUCCCACACCUCCAGUCCAUACUGGAAACUCAGCUGUGUUCUUCAAUAUUAUACUUUCUAUCUUUCUGCAAUAAAAAUGUCUCUUGUGGCUUUAAUAC